AUGGCGUCCCGAUCACCUACUAGCUCAGCAGUUGCUGGCCCUGCCUCCGACAUAGAAGCACCCAGUUCACCUAUACAUCGAGAUGAGGGCAAAUCAUUCUUGUCGCAGGCCAUGACGGAGGAUGAAGACACUCGAAUGAUCGACAUGACGCCCGAGCCGGCAGAGAAGACGGGACGCGGCAAGGGCAAGUCGCAGGGCAAGGACAAAGAUGGUGGUACAAUUGGCAAGAUCAGACAUCUCAAGAAAGAGGACGGUGAGCCACUGUGGCGAAAAGACAUACAACACGAUUUCCUCAAGGCUGUCUUUGAUGACAUGACACCUGCCUUUACCAACUCGUACGAACCUGGACGCGACAAACAGAACUUUGCCGACCUCUACAUAGACACCAUGUCAAGGAGCAGCAAGACGAGCAAAGUCUUACGCGACAAACUGCUGAGCGAUCGAGAUGCCGCAAAGGGCAUGGCAAUGGUGUGCCUGCUCGUGAACAUCGGGCGGAUGAACACAACACUAAACUUCUUCCCCGAGAUGCGAGCCCAACUCCGUACCUACCAUGCCAUUCCUUCGCUGCAGGCACACCAAGACCCCCAUGCAUACAAACAGCUCCAGGAUGCGCCUCGUUUGAAGUCCAUCCUGAAGGGCGGAGCCGAGGACCGACAGGAGCCUGGGAGUCUCAACAAGAUCAAAGCCCGCGACUGUCCGCGCACCAACCCGGUCAACCUCUUAUUCGUAAUAUGCAACGCUGCUCUUAAGGUAGCAGAGCUGCAUUUUCCUCCAGGGCAAGAGUUCCACGAUCUUGUCAUGAAGACAAAUUACACGAGCAAGUCUCGGGCCAAGGCCUUUCUGUGGAUCAUGUGGUUCUACCUAGAGUCUGACUUUACUGAGGAAGGCUGCGACGAGAACCCUUUUGGUCGCGGCGUGGACUACGGCGUGGAUGUUGCAAAUCAGGGCGUGCCACGCCUCGAAGAGAUGACGCCCGAGGAGGAGGCUCGUGAGAACAUUGACACGCCCAAGGAAAUGGAGUUUGGUCACGAGAGGCAGAAAACGCGUGCUAAGAUUCUCGAAGCCGAUCAGCAGUUUCUUGACAGCCAGAGCAAGCGUGGAGGACGGGGUGGCAAUCGCGCGCCUGUGGAGGAGGGCCCGGCGAUAUUGCCCAGGAUCCGACCUUCCCGCAAUGAAUCGGACAUGGAUAGCAUCCGGUCGACUCCGCCGCCGAAACUGCUGGCUCACCAGCUAGCGGUAGAACGCAACCGCAGUCAGCGUGUGGAGCAUAUCCUGGACCAGGGGUUGCGUAAAGAGCACCGCAGGCUCAUGGAGGAUCCACUUGAAGACAGCGAUGUCGAAGACGAAGUACGGCGCGAGUUGUCUGCUGGUGGCCCGCUGCGAGAUGCUGGCCAAUACCGCCAUCGCGGCAUGGCGGGACUCACGCCGCUCAAGUCUGAAGAUGACGACUUUGGGGAAGAGUCGGCAGCGAUAGCCGCAGCAUACCGGCGGGUCAAUCGUCGUCUGGCGCGGUGGGCGCAGUACAAGGGAACCGGCCGAGGCGUGAUCGCACCCGUCAAGAAGCGCAGCCUUGUGAACGGUGUAGCCGAGCCAGAGGAAAACGGCGACAUUGGUGAAGUCGGCGACGAGACGCUGCUGGCAGGGGACGAGGGCCACAGCGACGAGCGCGUCAACGGACACACUAACGGUGACGUGACAAUGGCUGACGACGGUGACGAGGUGGACGACAUGGAAGACGCAGACAGGACAGCUGUCGGGGCCAAUAGCGGCGGGGAGGAGGAGGAGCUCGACGACAUGGAAAGGUCUCUGCUGGGCAUGGCGCCCGGUGAUGAGGACGAUUCGUCUGACUCGGACUAG